AUGUUUCGCAUCGUAUCGGGAGGCACCUCCUCCUACGGCCACGCUUCGACCUCGACGAACCAUGACGAUGGCGACGAUCGCAUGCGCUCAACGACGAUCGAGGAUGCUCUGAUUGACGACGACGAGAUGGACUAUGAUGGAGAUGGGACGGGACCUUCGAGGGCUAGGACGGUGGGAGGUGGGAAAGUUACGGGACCGGGGGAGGUGAUUGCUGAUGCGGGGAGGUGGAUGAGGUCAGUUGCUCGUCGUUCGGAGGGCUCGCCUGGGAGGCCAGGAGGUUGCGGUACUGAUUGUUGGGUUUGUGUUUGCUCCACCAGGGGUCAUGGAACCUAUGUUCAGGACGACAAGGUGUUGGCCUCGGUCGCAGGCACGCUCGAGAGGGUCAACAAGCUCGUUUCCGUACGACCCCUGAGAACAAAGUCAGUCAUUGGGGGCAUCCUGUGGAUCCAUCGAUCACUAGUGUUCCUUUCUGAUCCAUGGGGGUGUCUUCGUGUUCUUCAGAUACCGACCCGAGGUAGGCGAUCUCGUCAUUGGGCGGAUAGCAGAGGUACGAACUCCCGUGUUCGCGAACGAGAAAGAUCUUGAUCGGCUGAGAUAGCUGCUGACGGAUGGUCGGGCAAAUACCUGAAUAGGUUGGACCGAGAAGGUGGAAGGUCGAAGCCAAUGCCGCACAGAACGCGGUGCUCAUGCUCGCAUCUAUCAAUCUGCCAGGAGGUGUUCAGGUCAGUCUUCCAAAGUCCGAGCUGGGUCGAACGAGAACAGGAGGUUAAUCCGUUCCGUUCUGCUCGAUGUCCAUCGCAUAUCACUUCUGUCGUGCUCCCGAUCGCUAGCGACGUAAACUCGAGUCGGACGAGCUACAAAUGCGAACAUUCUUUCAAGAGGGUGAUCUGCUCGUCGCCGAAGUGCAAGCCUUUUUCGCCGAUGGAGCCAUGUCGCUGCAUACCCGAUCCCUCAAAUACGGCAAGGUCAGGCCCGAACGAAGGAUCUCAUCGCAUUCGAAGAGUAUUUGAGCUGACACCUUGAGUGUCUCACCCAUAGCUAAAGAACGGCAUGCUUGUCAUCGUUGCGCCCUCACUCAUCGUCCGCCUCAAAUCCCACUUUCAUUCCCUCCCCCACGGCGUCGACCUUAUCAUCGGUCUCAACGGCUACAUCUGGAUAUCUAAAACCCUACCACGCAAUCCCAAGCACCAAAACGACCAAUCCGAGAACGCAGGGUUCGGUGAAGAAUCGGCGCAUACGGUGUACUCUUCAGAAAAUGACGACAUCUCGGGUCGGAUUCGUCGAGCGAUCACGAGGACGGCGAUUGUGAUUGUGCUUAUGGCCAAAUACUGUAUCCCUUUGAGCGCUGAUAUCAUUCUUGAGGCUUACAAGGCCGCGGAAGAGAUUGCGGGUGAUGAUGAAACGGGUUUGAGGAAACUCAAGAUGCCGCAGACGGAGGAACUUGUGCUGAGGGCGUUGGCGGAGACGGAGGAGGCAUAG